GGGGAUAUUUUGGUAAGACACCAGGAAGUGCGGAAGAGACCGAAAAACCUCAAGGGCUGAACUUUCAUUAGACUUUUAUUUACUUCAGUGACUUUUUAGGGGACGAUCUUUAAGAAUUUAAUCGUGUAAUCGAUUGGCUUCUCGGAGACCCCCCUCAAGAUGCCAAGUAUGGAAAAACAUCUUUUCAACUUAAAGUUUGCCGCCAAAGAGCUUCAAAGAAAUUCAAAAAAAUGUGACAAAGAGGAAAAAAUAGAGAAAACUAAAGUCAAGAAGGCCAUCCAGAAAGGUAACACGGAAGUUGCGAGGAUCCAUGCAGAGAACGCCAUCAGACAGAAGAACCAGUCUGUGAACUUCCUGAGAAUGAGCGCUCGAGUGGAUGCGGUGGCAGCGAGGGUUCAGACGGCAGUCACCAUGAACCAGGUUACAAAAUCUAUGGCCGGAGUAGUGAAAGGCAUGGAUGCCACUCUGAAGGGUAUGAAUCUUGAAAAGAUCUCAGGUCUCAUGGACAAAUUUGAGCAUCAGUUUGAGACUUUGGAUGUUCAGACGGCCCAAAUGGAGGAUACAAUGAGCAGCACAACGACUCUGACAACACCACAAAAUCAAGUGGAGUCGCUGCUACAUGAAAUGGCUGAUGAAGCAGGUUUGGACUUAAACAUGGAGCUCCCACAAGGACAGACGGGAUCAGUGGGUACAAGCGUGGCCUCUGCAGAACAGGACGAACUGUCUCAAAGGCUUGCCAAACUCAGAGAUCAGAUGUAAGGACCGACGUCGGAGGACUGGCACCUGAAUGCAGAGUUCUACAACGCCUGUACACUACCUGAAUAUAACUCCCUUUCAUGUACAUCGCAUCUUUUCUGUUUCUUCCCUCCUUUUCACAUAUUAUGUCUCUGUUGAAGAGCAACUGUAUAGCUUAUUUUUUCCCACAGAGCUUAUUGUUUCUUUUUUUUUUACAAUAACAUCCCUGCAAUUAGAAAUCUUAAUUGGAAACAUGUUUAUAAAGUAACUGGAAUAUGCAUAAGAACUGUGUAUCUGCAAGCUGAAAUUAUAUAAUUCAUCAACAAUGUUGGCUAUUUACACUUAAAACAUUGUAAAGUAAAGAUGGAUGGCAGUUAUUACCUUUUAUUUAUAGGAUGACGUGGAUGAAAGGCUCCUCUCUGUUUUUUUUCUCAUGUAGCUCUGUGUGACGGCAGGCGACAUGUAUGCAUUAUUCUGUUGUUGGAUGGUUGGUGAUCUCUGCCUUUCAUGGUGAACGCACUUCUUCUGUUGAUUUACUGUAUUUAAUUUUUGAUCAUUGUCUGAGACGUGCAUGGGCAGUUUGUCUGUCUGGUCUGAUCAUUCGGGGAUGGUGUUACAGUUUGGAGAUUUAACAGUAAACAAUAAAGUUUUAUAAUAGUUAUCUAAAACAAGUCAUUUGCUUUAAAGCCCAUUUUUAAACUGAACUGAAUGGUUUUGUUAAGAGAGUAAAACUUCAUUAAACUUUAUCUUAUAUUCAGCUGUAUUAGUUGCAGCAAAGCUAUUUUUUUAAGGAGACUAGAAACAUUUGGUUGAUGACACAUCUAUUUAAGUGGUAAGUUUUACCUGUUCUCUAAGUUCAUGCAUUUGUAAAAGCUCUACUGUAGAGCAGAGUUAGUUUAGAUCUUUUUAAGAGUUUUUAUACUUAAUUCAGUAAAGGGGAAUAUUUUUUCAAUUUUUGUUUUUGUUAACUAUUAUAACUGUAUACUAUACAGUGUAGUAUAGAUCAGUGGUUCCCAAAGGACCUUUUUUUCAUUAUUAUGUUCAGUGUAAUGCUUUUUUAAAUUUUUUUUAUUUUUAACUGUGUAACAAUAUUCAACAUAUGAACCCGUCUGUGGAAAUGCCAAAUGUUCACUUUCCUCUAGUGGCCACUGACGGUCAAUGCAACCCUACCGCUUUUUCACCUAAACCCUUUAGGCCGCCAAUAAAAUACUUGAAAUGUUAAAA